AUGGUUGGACCUACACCCGGUGCAGCAAGUUCGACUGGGGAUCAGCCGUUCAAGGAAACUAUCCUACAGCUGUUCCGCAAUCAACACUCGUUGAUGACCCGUAUGGCAAAACAAAUGGCAAGCAUCCAGGGGAAUAUCCAGAAUAUCAGUCGGAACGAGCUAAUAUUGGACUCCCUAGCGAGUAAUAUCACGGAAUUCGCUUACAAUUUGAAGAAGGGAUCCUCUUUCGACGCUUGGUUCUCCAGGUAUGCGGACCUCUUCGAGAAGGAUGCUUCCAAAUUAGACGACGACGCGAAAGUACGACUGCUGCUUCGAAAACUCAAUCCUGCCGCACAUGUAAGGUACACUUCAUUCAUUCUUCCGAAGCUUUCAAAGGAGUAUUCCUUCGAGGAAACGGUUGCCAAAUUAAAAACCAUUUUUGGUAGUCCUGUUUCAACUUUCCAUCGCCGAUAUCAGUGCCUGCAGACGACGAAAGACGAAAACGAAGAUUUUAUCUCCUACUCCUGCAAAGUCAACCGAGCUUGUGUUGACUUCAAGCUGCAGGAGAAGCUGGUCAAAGAAGACCAAUUCAAAUGCCUUAUUUUCGUGUGUGGUUUACGUUUACCCAAAGAUGCUGACAUACGGAUGCGCCUGCUUUCGAAAAUCAACGAAACGCAGGAUAUCACCCUGGAAGAAGUAGUGGAGGAGUGCAAAAGUUUGAUCAACUUGAAGAAAGACACCGUUCUUAUCGGUAGUCAAUCUUCCCCCACCGUCGGAGCUGCUACAACGCAUGCUGUUCGAGCGAAUUCUCCUAAUGGCAGGCACCAUAAGAAGGAAAAGUUUGGUGGCAAGAAAUCCGACACUCCUAAAACACCGUGUUGGUCAUGCGGCGGCAUGCAUUUUUCCAGUCAGUGCACUUUCAAGAACCAUAGAUGCCAUGAAUGUGGUCGGACCGGCCAUAAGGAUGGCUACUGUUCCUGUUUCACAACCAAAUCUGGGUCCAGAAAAAAGCAGCAAAGUCAUAAGAAGUACGCAUCAAAGAUUGUGACAGUUAAGAAGGUGAAUCGCAGCCGGCGAUACGUGGAGACGGCUAUCAACGGAGUUCCAGUUGAACUGCAGCUGGACUCGGGCUCCGACAUAACCAUCAUUUCGAAACAAAAUUGGAUCAAUGUCGGAGCACCUAAAACAUCUCCACCGGACUGCAAAGUUCAAACAGCUUCCGGCGAAAAAUUGGGCAUCGCUGCCAUGUUUCGAGCAUCGUAUACCAUUAACGGAACUCAGAAGGAAGGCUCAGACCUCAUGGAUGAGUUUGGGCUCUGGGACAUUCCUUUCUCAUCGUUUUGUAAGCUGGUCAGCAGUCCACAACCAGAUCAGCAGGUACUCGAACUGAAAGAGAAGUUUCCUGACGUGUUCAAAAACCGUAUGGGACUUUGCACAAAAAAGCAAGUGCAUCUCACGCUCUAG